AUGGAGUUAGAGCACCUGCAGAGGCUGCGUCAGGCCAACCAGGAUCUUCUACAAAGGCUAAGAAUGAAGCAGGAAGAGAUCAGAAAAAGACUUCCCAUCAAGCCUCUCUUUCCAGCAUCUCUUCGUAAUAGAACAGCUACUGAAAGAUCUGUCCCCUUGCCCAAGAGAGGGAAGGAAAAUCGGGUUGAUGCUGCGAAGUCUACAGCUGACGCUGCGAUGUUGGUGUCUGUGGAACCCAGAGUUUACGCAGCCAGAGCAACCCACUGUUCAUCUCUUAAACACAGCAGCAGUGACAGAGGGGUACAGCAACAACAAGCAAAGAUUCAGGAAGCAGUAGGUUUGGAUUCCAGCUUUCCUGGGAAAGAGAAGAAUGUUGUGCCAGUGUCUGCAAUAAUUACGUGUGGCAGAGAAACCUCUGGAGAGGAUAGGGAUAGCCAUGCUCAAGGAAGUCCAGAGAAAGAAUCCUUCCUUCUGGGACAUGGAGAGAACAGAAAACAGUCCGCUCUGCUACAUGGUUUCCCUGAGAAAAAACAGCUUAAGGGUCAUCUGGACCCAUCACUGAGCAGCAUACAAAGUGAAGAGACCAGCAGGCAGCCUGUGGUCCAUAGAGAGCCCAUAACCCAUAAAUCAAUCUUGCUGACAUCUCAGUCUAAAGUGUUGAAGAAGGAAGCUGGUCGUGUGACUUUUCAGUCUGACCCUGAAGAAUAUACCAUACCUGUGAGCCGUUGGUCCGUGCGUCCUUUCCUGGGCUAUGACUGGAUUGCAGGGCUGCUAGAUGUAAACUCUUCAGUAGCAGAAAAAUCUGAUCAAUACUUUGCUGAGCUGCAUGAGUUCCGACAGGCCAACAAAGAAGCGUGUAUUCAUGAGCAGCACCUGGAGCUCAAGGCUCUGGAUUACACAGUUCCUGAACAAGAACAAGAUUUGAUAAUGAGUUCCCAUAAGUGUGUUUACUGUUAUCGAUUAAACCAGCGUCUCUUCACUGUCCCUGUGGAUUCAGAAUCUGCCUGUCCCGUGUGUAAGAUCCCACAUACUCACCAGCCCCCAGAGGUACUGGAAGAGCCAGCCUGUGUCAGGGUCAGCAUUCCCAGGGCUACCCUUAUGCCUGCCUACAAAUACAAAGCCCAUCGCAGGAAGAGCUUUGAACCGGCAGACAAUCUAGCAUUACCUUCGCAUUGUCUGGCUGGCUGGGAAAACACCAUCCCUUCCAGCAACCCCACGCUCAGCAGUUUGGAUCUGCGAGCUUCACUGGAAGAGAAGACUUCUCCCCAUCCUCACCUGAACUCGGUGUCCAGAGUGUCAGGACGAACCAGAACUGACCAGCUUCUGAACCUGACCCACUCGACACACUUCGGGUGUAGCAGUGCCUCUCAGCAGAGGGAGCAAAACAAACCUGGAGACUACAGAGAAGCUCCACAUUUAAAUCCGACUGCCUCAACUCUGUGA